AUGGAGCCCCGUGAUGAUGAGAAAUUAGGUGUUGAAGAAACGGAUACAGAAUGUUCAUCAAAUGAAUUAAAUCAAUAUGAUGAACGAAAUAUUAAUAAAUUCAUAUUAUUUGAAUUAAAUUCAUUUGCCAAAACCUUUAAAAACGAAAUACCAUUCAGCCACAAUACAAAAUUAUAUGCUGAUCGCAUAAGUUUUAUUAAUCCUAGUGUGAAUGAAGUUAAAUUCAAUAAAUGCGUUGAAAAAACACCAAGUCAAAGUUAUGAAUUUCCUUCAGCUGUAGCUAAAGUGUUUCGUGAUGUUGAUCGAAAAACAGUAUGUAACAUUAUAAGAGAAAUUAUGGAUCUCGAAACACAAUAUUGGGCUGAGUAUAAUAAUUUGGUAGUACAUAAAGAAAACUCAACAAAUAGUAUGUGUGCAGAUAGGUUAUUACAAGAAUACUUUAAAGAACAUGUAACAACUAUGCAGUAUGGACAUACAUAUAGAAAUCAAAUACUUCAAUACAUAACUGAAGCAGCAUUGAAGAUUCCAUCGUAUGGUGCUCUAAUUAUUAAUUCGAAACAACAAAUUUUUGCUGUGCAGAAUCACAAAGGCACUUGGAGCGCACCUAAAGGUCAUUCAGAGCUUAAAGCUAAUGAUGAGUGGGAAACGCCAAAAGAAACAUGUUUACGCGAGAUAUGUGAAGAACUCAAAAUUAAAUUAAUAAAUUCAAACAAAACACUUACACUACACGACAUCGACCAAUAUUUUCGAUUGGAUACAUGUUUAUAUCUAGAAUGUUUUAUAAAAAUGAAUAACAAUAACUGUGGACGUCAAGUUGGACUAUUUGUUAUUCAUAUCGAUGAGAAUAAGUUUAACAUUGAACUAUUGGAUAAAAAAGAAAAUCAAAACUGUAAGUGGUUUGAAUUAUGCACAAUACUUGAAGAUAUGUCAAGAGAUAAACAUGACCGAUAUUACACUCUUCGUCCGUUCGUUGAAUAUUUGAAACGGCAUCCUACACUAUUACAAAAUGAAAUUCGCUUUGGUAUAGAAUAA